GGAAGAUAUUCUGCUAUCCGUACAAUCCUACAAAAGCCGAAACUGUUUGUCAUCGCUGUUCGGCAAUAUGAAUCCUUCACUUGUGACUUUCAGCACCCGUACAACAUAACUGGAUCGUCUUCAAUUGUUCGUGGUAGCUCUACUACUAUGUCGGACGUGGUGGGUUGGGCAUUCACGACCCUGUGGGCUGCGCUGGCUGUUCUCGUGAUUUACUUAUUUCGAGUAAACCAGCUUCUCAGCCAGACACCAGCCGAGGUCCGGAAGCUUUCGGGUUCGCGCUGGACAGAGAACCAACUCAAGGAAACCUAUCAGAAAUUACAGGAGAAGCCAAUUGACUAUACAGAUAAGCUACCGCCAAAAUUGGAGCGUCGAUACGUCGUCACCGGUGGUUCUGGACUUGUCGGUGGCUUCAUAGUGCUUCAGUUAUUAGCUCGUGGCAACCUACCUGAGAGCAUCCGAAUCAUCGAUAUUCGAAAGACUGAGCGCAAUGACAUGCGCAGUGGACCCGCAACGAAGGUUGAAUUCGUGCAGACGGACAUCACUUCGCUUGAUUCUGUUGAAGCAGCCUUUGGACGCCCGUGGCACUCCUCCGUAGCUCAUCUACCCCUCACUGUGUUCCACACGGCUGCUGUUAUCCUAGCUUCCGAGCGGUCUAAAUAUCAUUAUGCCUUCCCGGAAGCCGUCAAUGUGAAAGGUACGAAAAACGUACUUGCGGCGGCGCGAAGAGCGGGCGCGGAUAUCUUUAGCUCUACCUCGUCCGGUUCUAUCUCUAUCCGGCCCGUAGAACCGUGGGUUGCGCCUUGGGAACGUUCUGCGCGACACUUUUGGCAGAUUUUAGAUACGAAGGAUUUCUAUGCGCCACUAAGAAAACGUGAGGGAUACUUCGCCAACUACCCCGCUUCGAAAGCGGUGGCGGAGAGACAUGUGUGCGAAGCAAGCGAGACACAGUUUCGCACAGGUUGCAUUCGUCCUGCGAAUGGCGUUUACGGAAACCCAACGGAUAAUACCGUCGGUGACCCUCUAAGUCGAGAAGUUCUGCCAACUUGGGUGCCCCAUAUCGUGCAGAGUUUCGUACAUGGCGCUAAUGUUGCUAUUGCCCAUCUGCACCACGAGGCGGUCCUCGCUCAACCUUGGCCAGAGAGUGCCAGGUACGCGGGUCGACCGUUCGUGGUUACGGAUCCGAAUCCACCAAUAACAUAUAACGAUCUGUAUACGGCGAUUGGGACACUUUCAGUGCAUCAGUUUCGGACUAUUAAGGUGCAGCCUGUUGUCAUUCUCUUGCUCGCCCAUGCGGUUGAAAUUUAUGGCGAGUUACCUUACAAGUACCCAUUUUUACGCAAGGUAUUGCCUGAGCUGAAAGGCGAUAUCCGACAUCUCAAGCCGGGGAUUUUCUCAAUCUGUACACAUCUGGUCGCAUCCAACGAAGAGAUUGGGAAACCCAUUUCUCAAGGUGGGCUUGGGUACACCGGUGUAAUCACCACGUUAGAGGGUAUGGUGUUAGAAAUUCUGGAAUGGAAUAAUGAACACGUGAACGAUGUCAAAACUCGCAAACCAUACACGACAUCAAUUUCGUUGGCGGAACAGAUCCAGAAAUUGUGGGCGGUAAGUGGCAGCCAUGUCUCGAGUUGACACCGAAUCUGUAAGAUGCAUUAUUCUAGAAACAAUUCAUGUCAGCCCGUUUGCAUAUCAAUACCUUUCUAAGAUGUAUUUAACUCUUGAAUGAUACUAGUUUUAAAUGAACAUGACCGAUUGGUGAUGAGAUCUAA